AUCAUCACCCUGCAAGAGUUGCUGCCCACACACGAGGGCACGCCGCCCACGCUGGACACGGCCAUACCGCUCACGGGCAUGCCGCCCACGCCACCCACCCACGGCAGAUGAGAAAAUGAGUUAACCGUCAGGUUCCGUAACAGGAAGUUGGUGCCAUCUUGCCGGACCGUCGACCCGCUGUGGAACGUCCUUUUCGGGGGGACCGCCGUCGGUUCGAUGUCUCUGAAGGAGCUGGCGACGCAAGAGUGCAGCACGGAGCUGUGCCUGUCCGUCUACAUCAUCACCUUCGUGCUGGGCUUUCCGGCCAAUGUGCUGGCCUUCUACACCUUCUGGACCAAAGUCCGUCAAAAGGCCACGCCCAUCGACAUCCUGCUCCUCAACCUGACGAUCUCAGACCUCCUCUUCCUGCUUUUCCUGCCCUUCAAGAUGCAGGAGGUGGUGAACAACAUGCUGUGGGAGAUGCCCUACGCGCUGUGCCCGCUGUCGGGCUUCAUCUUCUACAUGACCAUCUACAACAGCACCUUCUUCCUGACUGCCGUUAGCGUGGAGCGCUACCUGGGUGUGGCGUUCCCCAUUCAGCACACCUUGAAACGCCGGCCACUCUACGCCAUCGCCGCCAGCGUCUUCUUUUGGAUCUUCUCUUUCACCCACCUCAGCAUCGUCUUCAUCAUGCCGUUCAUCGGAAUGGUGGACGAGUCCGUCAAUGGCACGGCGGGAUCCAACGUCACGACUCCGGCUCGGUUCCCGGCACCGGAGGACGUUUGCUAUGAUAAUUUCUCUGAAGCCCAGCUGGAGGUACUUCUGCCUGUCCGUCUGGAGCUGUGCCUGGUUCUCUUCUGCAUUCCCUUCCUCAUUUGCAGCUUCUGCUACAUCAACUUCAUCCGAAUCCUGUCGCGGUUGCAGCACAUUGACCGGCGGAGGCGUCUCCGUGCCAUCGGCAUGGCGCUGGGCACACUUCUGGUUUUCGCCGUGUGCUUUGGUCCCUACAAUGUGUCCCACGUGGUGGGUUUUAUCACCUGGCAGAACCCCAAUUGGCGGGACAAGGCCCUGUUGUGCAGCACCUUCAAUGCCUGCCUGGACCCGCUCAUCUUUUACUUCUCGUCGUCGGCCGUGCGGGGUACGGUGGCCAGCGUGAUGAAGGGGUUGAGGGCUCGCGCUCGCCUGAGCAGGUGUCUGUCCUGCCGCCCCCCGUGGUGGGCCCCAAAACAGAGCGAGGAAGAUAAGGAGAGCAAGCAAGAGCAGAUCAAUGCUAUCUAACCGCCUGGUUUAUUUCUUUAUCACCGGCGGCAACAGGAAAUUAAUGUAAUGUUUAUGUGCGGCGCACGUGAGCCGUCUGUUCAGGUGUGUUGUGGCACCGCGUGUCACUUUCCCAAAGGACCUCUUCCUGUUAGGAUGACCAACGUGCCUCAUAAACACGCAGG